CUUGCAGACGAAGAGAUCAAACACCAGAACGCCCCGCAGUCUCUUCUCUUCUCCAACGCUCUUCGAACCCACCUGCCCCCAAUCUCAGAAUCUCCCAAUCGCCCCCUUGUUCAUCUCUUCCUCCGCUCGCUCUUCGAUUCUGCGCCAGCGAUUCCGGCCCCAAGUAAGUCCAGGUCCAGGAGGGCUCACCGGGGGAGAGGGAGGAGCUAGGGUUUCGCGGGGGAGUAGGAGAUGGCGCAGGCGGUGGAGGAGUGGUACCGGCAGAUGCCCAUCAUCACGCGCUCCUACCUCACCGCCGCCGUCGUCACCACCGUCGGCUGCACCCUCGACAUCAUCUCGCCGUACCACCUCUACCUGAACCCCAAGCUGGUCGUGCAGCACUACGAGAUCUGGCGCCUCGUCACCAACUUCCUCUACUUCCGCAAGAUGGAUUUGGAUUUUCUGUUCCACAUGUUUUUUCUUGCACGGUACUGCAAACUUCUUGAGGAGAACUCAUUCAGAGGAAGAACUGCUGACUUCUUCUACAUGCUCUUGUUUGGUGCUACUGUCCUAACUAGCAUUGUUCUGAUUGGUGGGAUGAUACCUUACAUUUCUGAGAAAUUUGCCAAAAUUCUCUUCCUGAGCAAUUCAUUGACGUUUAUGAUGGUUUAUGUCUGGAGCAAACACAAUCCCUUAAUUCAUAUGAGCUUCUUGGGAUUGUUCACCUUCACUGCUGCUUACUUACCUUGGGUCCUUCUUGGAUUCUCUGUUCUCGUUGGGAGCAGCACAUGGGUGGAUCUGUUGGGUAUGAUUGCUGGCCAUGUGUAUUACUUCCUGGAAGAUGUAUACCCGCGGAUGACUGGUCGACGUCCCCUGAAGACUCCUUCGUUCAUCAAGGCGCUGUUUGCCGAUGACAAUGUUGUCGUGGCACGGCCAGCCAAUGCCGGUGUCGGUGUGGCGGGUGCAAGGUUCGGUGCUGUGGGUCCAGGCGCCCAGUUCCAAUGAUCAGUUGUCACCCAUGACCGGCGACAGAGCAUAUCCGAGAGGCGGUUCCCUUUACCUGUCCAGACUGUGAGGCAAAGUGUUUGCAUGUAUUUAUACAGGCUAGAUCAGAGUUAUUAUUGUGCAUAACAGAAGAUUGGUAGUAUCUCAGGCAGCUAAGUUUCUUACCAUGACAAGCGCUAGCUAAAUGAUUUGUUGUUAUUGGGGUUGGACAGGCCGGCCUUUAGUUCCUGGAGCUUCUCCUUUGCUGUGUGAUUGAUGCUUAUUAACAUCUGACCGUGCCACUGGCUUUUUCAUGGCACAACUGUUGCCGAUGAAAGAUCUCUGUGAGCCUCAAUUCUGAUCCUGCUUUGCGUUGA